AUGUCUGACAUCGAUCCCAACGCCCGAAGCGAAGUCAACAACGCGCUCAUUAGCUCGGGCAGCGCUGCCGUCGGACAGAUGGUUGACACCGGCAACUCCUCUGUUCAGAAGCGUCAAAGGAACAAAGAGGAGAAAGAGAGAUGUGAGGCCGCUGCGAGAGCUGCUAAACAGGAAGCAGAUGCUGCUGCUGCUGCUGUUGGUCCCAAACCCUUCACCUCCAAGAAGUUGAAGUCUACAAGCCUGCCAAGUAUUGACAAGGGCGGCGUCUCCGGAUAG